AUGCCCGCCCUAUUAACCAGCAUUGGCAAGCUGCUCGAGAGACUUAUUCUCGAUCGUUUUACAUUCGAAAUAUUCGCAUUUGUUGACGACAGCUACAUCACCGUAUGGUCCACCAGUUUCGCGAGGAACUGUGAAGGACUGACAUGGGUCCAUGGCCAGCUCCAACAGUGGGCAGAUAAGAACGGCCAUGGCGUAGAGAGGCGCAAAGAUCGACCGUCAAUCGCCAAUUUGCCUCCUGAUGAGGAACUGUUCAAGCAUGACGAGCCAUUCCUCAACAUCCUUGGCCUCCGGGUGGACCACCGCCUCUCAUGGAAAUUCCACAUCGACCACGUCGUCUCCCAAGUCAGCAAGAGAAUGCGGGCCCUGAAGCAGAUGUCUGGGUCAAUCUGGGGCCCCGACCUGCAACGCAUGCGCACGCUGUACACCUCACAGAUCCAGUCCGCAUUUUCCUACGCUUCCCCGGUGUGGUUCGUGACCGGUCUCAGCCCUCGCAGGCCAGGCACUCUCUCCGCGAAACUCGUGGGCGUUUUGGACAAGCUCCAGGACGAGUGCCUCGUUGAGAUUUCCGGAGCCAUGGCCGGCACCAGCGCCGAGGUCAUCCGGAAGGAGCUAUGUGUUCCCAAGAUAUCCACCUACCUCAAGAUGAGGACUCUUUCCUAUCUCGCCAAGAGGACCUCCCAUUGCCCCGUCUACCGUGAGCUCAAGGCACAACGCAUGGCAACCUUGUGGUACCCCCGCCCGUGGAAGAGAUUCGAGCAUCACCCUCUGCAGCAGCUUCAGACACAGGCGGACAAGGUAAUCAAGGCCACGAGGAAACGACUGCGAUCCUUUCACGGACGUGACAGGAUGGAAGAGACCUGGAGCAAGCCAAAGGCGCGCCACAGGGCGAUCGACAGGAUGGCAACUCUAGCAGUCCACGCAUGGUGCAGGGCUCAUUGGGAUCAGUACAGGGAGGGCUGGGACAAGAGGCACAACCGCCCCAGGCCGCUCGCGCUCGCCGAGUCCUGGGGCCUGGACAGCCUGAUGUACUACGACGAGAUGUGCCGCAAGGAGUGCACCAUGCUCCUCCACUGCAGGACGGGCAACAUCGGCCUGGCCGCCAACCUGCACAGCCGGGCGCUGCACCCGACCGAGAGCUGCCCGUUGUGCGACGAGGGCAGGCACACCGUCGAGCACCUCUUCGUCUACUGCAAGGGCAGGGACUGCUACGGGAGGGAGAUGGCCAAGAGGAGGGCGGCCCUCCACAAGAGCACCGACGGCGUGACCGACCUGCACCUCAUCUUCGCCGAGUACCCGGAGGAGGCCGUCAGGUUCGCCUUCAAGACCUUUGGGAUCCCCCAGUUCACAAAGGCAAGCUGGAAGGUCACCGAGGCCAAGAAGCGCGGGCGCUCCGAGGCCGUCGCGCCGGCGGGCGAUGCCGGCCAGGAUGCGCCCGCCCCCAAGAGGAGGCGAUACGCCCACCUGGUCCUGAGGCAGGCCGAUCCGCCCCCGGCGCCGGCCACCGCCCCCGGCGCCGCGGGCCUCGCAACCUGA